GUUACCGAAUUCCGAAGGAGACAAGGAACUCAUUUUUACAAUCAGGAAAAUGAAAGAAUUCAAAGAGUUAAUCCAUUCAAAUUUGUAUAAACACCUGGCAGUGAGGUUUGCAUAUCAUUCCACGUCGUUGAAGUCUCCCGGCGCCUACUACAAGAUCUGCCGGGGAACCCGGUGCCCCACGGACGUCUCCUCCGUGGAGGGCCUCGUACGCUAACUUUCCGGGUCAACCACCGCCACGGCAGCAGCCGUGAUACUACCAUAUUGCGCCAUCGACUAUUCACUCGACUCCGUGGGCAUCAUUUCGGGGCCAUAGCGCCGUCCCGGCUUGGCCCCGUGGAAACUCAAGAUGUCUUUAUAAGUGAGCUUCCAGACGCUCCCAAUUCUCAAACAGUAUCAGCAUCAGCAUCAUCUCCUCAAUCAUCAUAGCAUCUCUACAUUUAUUUCUUACUAUUAACCAAGCAUUUUCAACCUUCAGCCAACUCUAUCAUCAUCGCAAACAUGCCCGCCCGCUACGAAAGCUCUCCCGCCAGCCCGGAACCCCUGGCCCGGCCCCUGACCUUCCCCUUCUCCGGCAAGACGGCCAAGAACCGCCUCCUCAAGAGCGCCAUGGCCGAGUCUCUCGCGACCUGGAGCGCCACAGAGCCUUCGAAGAGAGGUAUCCCCACGCCCGAGCUCGUCGAAGUCUACCGCCGAUGGGGCCAAGGGCCAGACAACUUUGGCAUCAUCUCCACAGGCAACAUCACAAUCGAGUUUGAGGACGUGAGCACCCUCGGCGACAUGAUCAUCACCCCCGAAUGCGCCCCCGAAGAAGGCGACGCCCGCUUCGAGGGCUUCAAGGCCAUCGCCGCCGCAGGCAAGGCCGACGGCACCCUCAUGGUCGGACAGGUCAACCACCCCGGGCGCCAAGUGCAGAAGAAGAUUCAGCCGAACCCCGUCUCCGCGUCCGCAGUCCACUUGGAACCCAAAAUGGGCAUGGAAUUCGCAAAGCCCCGUGAAGCCACCAAACAGGACAUUGCCCGCUUCAUCGAAGGCUUCGCCCACGCGGCAGCCUACCUCGAGAAAGCAGGCUUCGACGGCAUUCAGCUGCACGCCGCGCACGGGUACCUCAUCGCGCAGUUCCUCUCGCGCACGACGAACCGCCGCACCGACGAGUACGGCCCGCAGACGCUCGAGAACCGCACCCGGUUGAUUGCCGAGAUUGGUAGGGCCGUGAGACAGCGGACGUCGCCGGGGUUCAUUCUAGCUGCCAAGAUCAACAGCGUCGAGUUCCAGGAGGGCGGGGUGACGACUGACGAGGCGAGGGAGAUGAGUGCCUUGCUCUCCGGGCUUGGGUUUGACUUUUUGGAGAUUUCUGGGGGCACGUACGAGGCUUUGGGGAUGAGCUGGGAGAAGGAGAGUACGCGCAAGCGGGAGGGCUUCUUCCUCGAGUUUGCGGACACGGUUGUCAAGGGGCUCGGCGAGGACGCGGCGGCGCGCAAGACCAAGGCGUACAUUGUCGGCGGGAUGAGGACGAUCGGCGCGAUGGUGAAGGCGCUCGAGGUUGUCGACGGGGUCGGGCUGGGACGUCCCGGCGCGCAGGAGUUCCGGUUCGGGUCGGAGUUGAUCUCGGGCAGGGUGCAGGGCGCCGUGCAGCCUGUUGAGAUGGUUGAGAAGGAUUUCGGGAUGGGGUUGACGAUGGCGGCGGCGCAGAUUCAUCAGGUUGGGCGGGGCGAGGAGCCGUUUGACGCGAGCGAUGAGGGCGCGGUGGGGAGGUUUGCGCAGGAUAUGCAGGCUUGGUAUGGGGAUUUGAUUGCUGAUGGGGAUAAGCUGGAGCAUUAUGGCGCCGUCAAGUAUUCGGGCGAGACUCUGCCUUAUGGGGAGACCUCCAAGGCCCCAAAAAGAGUGGUAGAGUUGGAGAGCCGGUUGGCAAAGAUAGAAGAACAGCUGCAGCGCGCACUGGAUGCGAAUAUUCGCCUCUCCAGCCAAGUUCCGGCCUCAGCAUCGGUACCAGCACCCGCACCAGUCCAAUCCGCACCGAUUACAGACACCAUCGAGUUGCCAUUGGACAGUGCCGGCGACUCAACCGACAGCACCGAGUUCAUCAACGCCUUUUCGUGCAGCGAGAGUCCGAGCGAGUGGGUGGUCGAGCCGGAGAAGCCAAAGUUACCGCCGCUGGAGGAAGUCACGCCCGUUAUCGACGAGUUCUUCAACCGCUACAACUCCAUCAUGCCGCUCUUUGACCAGCCGACCUUUAUGCGCAUGCUCUCCGACUGGUAUUCGCCGUCCUCGAAUCACUCCUCCGCUGCAUGGGCAGCCAUCAACAUUGCCCUGGCGUUGGGGUAUCGGUGCACGUUGAAGGAGUCGGGCAACCUGGAUGCCCUGGUGGACGAUCAGAAGGUGCUGCACCACAUGCGCAACGUGCAGUCUGUUGUGUCCGACUUGGUGACGCGUGAGGAGGAUUUACUAGGCAUCCAAGUCCUCGUGGGCAUGGUCGUUCUCUUCCAAGGUACAAAAGAUCCCAAGCCGGCCUCGGUCCUCAUCGGGACGGCUAUCCGGCUUGCGCACCGGCUGCACCUCCACGACAAGGAGUCCCUCCAGUACUUUUCGCCCGCGGUCGCCCGGCAGAGGUCGCGGGUCUUUUGGCUUGCUUACUGCAUGGACAAGGACAUCAGUCUGCGGUCCAAGACGCCUUCGUUCCAGCUGGACGCGGAUAUCGACCUGCCCCUGCCGGAGCUGGACCCGGACGACGGGGCGGGCGUCAUGGCUGCGUCGAACGGCAGCAAGUUCAACUUCUUCCGGGCGAGGGUCGAGCUCAGCCACAUCGCGGGGAAAGUGUACGAUCUCCUAUACAGCACGAGGUCGCGCAAGGUGGCAAAGUCGGAAGCGCAGCUGCGGGUGACGCGACUGGAAGAGAUGCUCGAGACGUGGCGCCGCAAUGUGCCGGCCGAGUUCCAGCUCACGUCGCUGCUAGAGUACGCCGAGCCGCUUCCCACGGUGCACCUUUCGCUUCUCUACCACAACUAUUUUGUCAUCACGGUCAUGGUCCACGGCAUCUACUCACACGACGCGGAUUGGGUGCAGAGAAUUAGCUCGUACGGCCGGGCGACGAUACAAGACCUGGAUGGUAUAGGGCAAGGAAACAGCAGGCAGAACUCGCCGUUGCCAACGGGGUGGGCAAAGUGCGUGGAGCUCAGCCGGGACUGCAUGAAUCUGUUUGUGGAGUCGCCAAAGACGGACUGCAGCAUCUGGUCCAAUGCGUGCGCGCACUUUUCGGGGCUCAUCAUUAUCCUAUCCAACAUGUUUGUUUUCCCAGAAAACCCGAAUAUACCAGCGGACAAGGAGCUCGCGGAACAAGCGAUGCAGCUGUUUGAUAUGAUGCUGCGUCUCUCUGCAAACGAAGAUUUUCGCAGGCUGUACGAGGUAGUCAAGGAGCUACACCGGCGGGCGAUGGCAACUGUGGAUAAGGUUGCACGUAAGAGAGAAGAGCAAGCGGCUGCGGCUGCGGUGGUGGAGGUAAUGGACAGUACGCUGCCUUUUGGGAUGCAAUUCGAGGAGGAUGUGAGUUUCUUUGAGGGCGCAGGCAUGAUGGACUUUACAGGGGCUUUUGCUGGGGGUAUCAUGGAGGAGUCACCAGUGACUGUGGAUUCUGAGGCGGGAGACACGUUGGAGGCCGGAGGUUUCCAGGGAGAUUUGGGUCGUGCUGCUGCGACGGUUGGGCAUAGCCAUUAUUGA